AUGGCUCAAGACCAAGAGAAAAACGGUCCAGGGGUCAACCUCGACAGCGCCGCACAGCGCCCGAAAUGCUUCAGUAGUACAUUUCAAGAAGUCAUGUUUGUCCUGACCGCUACCAUGGCUAUUGGCCAGCAGUCGUUCUUCCAGGGCUGUAUUGUGGGAGUUACUGCUUCAAUUGGCACGGAUUUGCAUAUGAACUCGGCGGAGAUCACUUGGAUUAAUGCUGGCGCAUCUCUCACCAGUGGCGCCUUCCUGCUCACCUUCGGGAAGCUCGCCGACAUGUUUGGACGCAAAAUGCUCUUCAUCAUCGGUAUGGGUGGGUACACCUUCGCACUCCUCAUUGCAGGGUUUGCAAACAAUGCCAUCUACAUGGAUGUCUUCUCAGGGAUCAUUGGUCUAUUCGCAGCGGCUGUCGUCCCACCAGCUGUCGGAUCACUGGGUGCAACUUACGAGAAGCCCUCGAAGCGCAAGAACCUUGCUUUUGCCUGUUUCAGCGCUGGCAACCCCCUCGGCUUUGUGGGUGGUAUGAUCAUCUCCGGAGUUGCGGCUCAUUUGUACAACUGGCGCGCUUCCUUCUGGGCUCUUUCUGUUAUUUACGCUCUCUUUACUGUUCUAACGGUGUGGACUGUACCGGCCGAUACCUUUGCUCGGACACCGAUUAGCAUGGAAGCUCUGAAGAAUUUUGAUCUCCUGGGGACGGUAUUGAUUAUUGUUGGGUUUGCGCUCUUCUCAAGUUCGCUUUCAUUAGCAGGAGACGCUCCGGACGGCUGGAAAACUGGCUAUGUCCUUGCCCUGUUCAUUGUGGGCUUUUUCAUUCUUGUUGGGUUUUUGUAUUGGGAGUCUAUCGCUAAAAACCCUUUGAUGCCUCUUUGGGUCUGGCGAGACCGGAAUUUCUCAUUGCUUAUGGCAAUUUUCUGUCUUGGCUUCAUGGGAUUCGCGGCAGUCAGCUUCUACCUUGCCCUCUACCUUCAACGAGUUAAGCACCUGAGUGCCCUUGAGAUCACUGUUAGACUUCUCCCGAUGGUUAUCGCCGGGGUGCUGGUCAAUGUUGUCUGCGGUCUGAUCCUGCACCGUGUAAGCAACAAAUUGCUGACGGGUAUUGGAGCAUUGGCAUACGCAGCUUCUUUCCUUAUCCUGAGCUUCAUGAAGGAAGAUGCGAUUUACUGGGCAUUCAUUUUCCCGGCACUGAUACUUGUCGUUGUUGGUGCGGACAUUCACUUUAAUGUCACAAAUAUGUACGUGAUGUCCACCCUCCCACCGUCCGAGCAAUCAAUUGCCGGCGGCAUCUUCAACACUGUCAACAAGCUGUGCAACAAUUUAGGAGUUGGCAUCGCAACUUCUGUUCAGAGUUCUAUCGUCCGUCGGAUGACCGCUUCCUCACCCCCGAUUCAGCCUUACCUCUCGGUUUAUUGGUUUUCGGCAGCAACGGCCGGACUGUCUCUAUUCAUGAUACCAUUCUUGACCAUCGGUAAGCAGGGCAAUUCUACCCCAGACACCGAUAACUCGACUGUCAGUGAGGAGGAUCAAGACACAAGAGCUAUUACCACUGCCGCGACUUCUGUUGUACCAUCUGCUACAGAGAUCAUGGAGCUCGGGAAGAAAUAG